GAUUCCUGUAACAUUUAGGAAACCGCUUCCUCAUUUAUGAUUCCCCCAGUGACUAUGGAAAACAAUGUAAACACCAACAAGGAAAGUCCUGCCCAUUGGUCUAAACUUCUGGGGUCCAGCGCAUAAAAGCCUCAGAUCUGGAGGAGGCACCAGAAUCUGAGAACCUCACCUCUGAACAGGACCUGCCCACCCUCCACCCCACACACCAUGACCCACUCGUGCUGCUCCCCUUGCUGCCAGCCUACGUGCUGCCGGACCACCUGCUGCCGGACCACCUGCUGCCAGCCCACAUGCUGUGGGUCGAGCAGCUGCGGGUCCAGCUGCUGCCAGCCUUGCUGCCGCCCAACUUGCUGUCAGACCACCUGCUGCAGGACCACCUGCUGUCAGCCCAGUUGCUGUGGGUCCAGCAGCUGUGGACAAAACUGCUGUGGGUCGAGCGGCUGUGGGUCCAGCUGCUGCCAGCCUUGCUGCCGCCCAACUUGCUGUCAGACCACCUGCUGCAGGACCACCUGCUGUCAGCCCAGCUGCUGUGUGUCCAGCUGCUGCCAGCCCAGUUGCUGUGGGUCCAGCGGCUGUGGGUCUAGUGGCUGUGGCUCCAGCUGCUGCCAGCCAGUUUUCUGUACACCCGUGUACUGCACGAGAACCUGCUACCACCCCACCUGCUGCUGCCUGCCUGGGUGCCUGGCCCAGGGCUGUGGAUCCAGCUGCUGCCAGCCUUCCUGCUGCUGAUUGCCUCACCAAGAACCACCAUCUGAUUUGCCUUUUGGGAAACAGUCACUGCUAAAUGUUGCCGAAAGCCAGCCCCCAGUCCCCAACAUCUCUGUUCUUCAUCUGCCUGUUGACAAACCUGUGAAUCAGCUUGCUGAAGUGUGGACCGCUUCUCCCUGAAUCUCUCCUCCUUUCCUUCCUCUGGGUCAUGCGCCAGCUUCACCCAACCUGAUGCAGAGUUAAGAUCUGUUUGGUCUCCAUAGUCAAGAACUUGAUCCUGUCCCUCUAAAGACCUCAGAGAAACAACUUCUCAUGAAUGACAUGGAAUUCUUUGAAACUACUGAAAGUCCAUAAAGUAUGUUUUCUUUCUCAAUGAAUCUUGUAUGCCUCUUUAGGCCUGUCAUGAUCCCUUUGAGUGUCUCCCUAGACCCAGUGAUCCUUACCUACAUCUCUUAAUAAAUCUUGUAUCAUUUGGAA